CAGAUGAUAUGAAAGGCAGAAUUUUGGCCAACGGUGGGCUGGAUAUGCUGGUUGACUUGGUUACCACUUCAACGAAAGAGCAGGUGCCGUUUAUGGCUGCCAAGACACUGGUGAUGCUUGGCAUAGAUGCACCACAUGUCAACACACGUGUGGUCAGGAGUGUACUGAACUAUCUUGUUCGCGCGGUUAUGGCCAUCUCAGCCAAUGCACCACUGUCCCGCUACGAUGAAUUGGGUCUAUUAGGCGUCUUUGCGAGAGGGGAUGCGCACAAGAUAACUAUCAUCAACAAGCCGGGACUAAUCGAGUGCCUUGCGACGAUGGUAUGGCACCUGGCCAAUGCUAAUCCACUUGUUGCGCGCAAAGAACGCAACCAGUUGUUUGCACGUGGAGUGGGUGCCCUCAAGUGCCUAGUUGUGCUGAGUAGCCACGAGAAAUGUCAGCGUGACUUACUGCAUAGAGGGGCCGUGUCUGCGAUGGCAGCGCUAGUGAUCUCUCUCAAUAAGGAAGCCAGCGUCGAGAAGGAUAGUGUGCGCAAGGCUCCUGUAUGCCGCAAACUGAGUUUGGCAGGCGACAUGGUGUUCGACUCAGUUGUAGACAAUCCGGGCACAACUGACGCCACCCAGGGUCACUACAAUAAUAGAGGAAGCCAGUUCAGUAUGACGGGUGAACAGCACACUGAAAAUAACCAUGAUACGCUCAUGCGGAACACGCCUCACCACCACAGUGCACUACAGGGCCACUCGAGUGCAACCCCUUUGGGGUCUGCACAGCCGCUCUACGAGGCCCCGAACAGUUCAGGAAGUUUACAUCGACCAGAUGCCAACGAUCCAUACAACAUAGUGGACAACAACAACAUGACACUGAGCGAGCUCAAACUACAGGCGGUAGUUGGCCUAACCAAUUGUUCUAUCGUGUGCCGACAGUCGUAUGAGGCUCGUCGGCUGUACGCACACAGCGGCGCGUUGCAUGCGUUGUGGUCGGCAGCGCUGUGGAAACCGUCGGCAGCCAUAGAGUUCUAUAUCACGUGUUCACUUAUCACACUCGCCCGUGCAAGGAAGCGCAAAACGCAAAGGACGGCGUCCAAGACUGGUGGUUUGUUCCCGCAUUUGCCACCUGAGCUGAACAAAAAGUCUGCUAGCCUUAGCAAAUCCGGUAGUCCCGCGUGCAUCAAAGGCAAGAACACGAAGCGUAACUAUGGUAACGACUGGAAAAGCCUGUCCGUUCGGUCACCGGGAUCUCGCGGCGACGUGCAUGCGAGCACUGGGGACGCUCCAUCGAUGUCUGCUACUUCCGAGGCUUCUAAUACAGCUCUUAAUACGAGUAUGCCCACGCAUAGUUCAAAUAUAGAGAUGUCAGUGAAACGGUCACAGACACGGAACGAAUCGGCAAACAUGGAGAAAGACACACAAACAAAAGCAAACGCAUCAGCACAAACACAGGCUCAGACACAUACGGACACAGAAGACGGCAUACACGUAUCCGAUGCAAACAAACUGAGUGCGUCACAGAGCAUCAAACGAGUGGGCAGUCAAGAGCCCCUGUACACCUCCAAUGCACAAAUGAACAGCGCUGACGAGGAAUUAACACACGCCACAUCUGAGCACGUACUCGCCAGCCUGUGCAAGGACAAGGGUACAGGCACACAAGCACAUGGGGGCGAUGUAGAGGAGGGUGCUCACGGGAACAAGUUCUUACAACCACGCACGCAUACAAGUACACAUGCACAGACACAUAUAAAGCGGGGGGAUAGCCAAUCUAGCUUGCCCGUCAACGGCGGAUCGCAAUCACUGCUAUUGGGAGGAGACUCUGUUCAGAUGGCUUCGUUGGAGAAUGGGAUCACAAUUGCGCAGACACGCGUGAAUGAAGACACACACCAAACACGGGUACAAAGUCUGGCCACCAAGCGAUACCCCGAGGAUCACCCCACAGAUGUACCAGGAGCACCCUCACCGCCAUUAUCCACACAAUCAAGUACGGGGGAUAUGCCAGAUAAAUUGACAAACUCUGAUAUCCCUAAGUCGACAAGCCCGAAACCAAGCUCUGUGAAGCGCACAAACAGCACCAGCAAUGGCUCCGAAGAAAUCAGUAUAGGGGAUGUCACUACUGUGUACGCGCAGCAUAUGCAACUAAAUCGACAAAGGACUACGGGAGGUAUCAAGGGCACUCUGUUGCUGGGCGAUGAAGAGGAGAAGCCGAAGUGGAUGGAAUUGAGCGAAAUAGACAAGACAAAUAAUAUGUUUUUGAGUGCUGACGGGCUGGAGAUCAAAUACCACACAGUCCAUACCGACCAUAAAUUCAAACACAUACAGAAUCAGUUUCCAUUUUCACCUUUCGCAGAUUCGAAACGAUAA